AUGGGAGAUACAUCGAAGAAGCCAGAGUUUGUUUUCGUGCCUGGAGCAUGGCAUAGCCCAGAAUCCUUUAAACCCACCACAGAUAUUCUUGCAGCGAAGGGUUAUAAAGUUCACGGCAUUUCCCUAAAAUCUGUGGGUGCAUCUCCUCAUCUCGAAGAUUCUCAGCCAGAUGUCGAAACAAUCAGGAACAAAAUCGACUCUCUCCUCUCCACGUCCACUCCCCUGAUUCUUGUUUACCACUCUUACGGCGGAGUAGUCGGCUCGUCGGCCUUAGACACCUACAUCGCCACCCUCUCUCCCUCAACCACCCCCUUCUCUCGUACUGGCCUGAUCCGCCGUUUGGUUUACAUCGCGGCCUUCUGCCUUCCCAAAUCCGUGUCUUUAAUGGGUGCUCUGAAUCAUAGUCCCCUUCCCUGGUUUUCCAUUUCCCCAGAUUCCAGAGCUGUCACUUGUUCAGAUCCUUAUGAAAUCUUCUAUAACGAUAUCUCCAGAAAUGAAGCACAAAAAUAUGUGGAGGUGCUGAAGGAACACAGUUACAAGACUUUUGAUUCGCCGGUGACUACGGAGCCGUGGAGAUACAUCCCGAGUACGUAUGUUGUUUGUGAAGAAGAUAAGGCGAUUCCUUUGGAAGCGCAAUUGGGGAUGAUUAGGGGAGCACAGGAGAUUGCUGAGGGGAGCUUCGGCACGAUCGAACGUGCAAACGUCGGCCAUAGCCCUUUUAUAAGCCAACCGGAAUGGCUGGCUGAAAAAUUAAAAAAAGCCGCCGAAAAUCCUAUUUGA